CCGGUGGUGACCCAGCGUGUGUUUCUGGACUUUGAAGUUGAUGGACAGCCAGUGGGCCGCGUGGUGGUGGGGCUGUUUGGGCGGGAGGCGCCGCUGACCUGCGAGAAUUUUGCAGCCCUGGCCUCACAUAAGCGUGGGUUCGGCUACCGAGGCUGCGCCGUCCAUUGGGUCGCGAGGGGCUGGUCGGUUUGGAGCGGUGACGUGACGGAGGGAAAUGGCAGGGGCGGCGUCAGCGUGUUUGGGCCGAGUUUCGGAGUGGAAACCCUGGAUGUACGGCAC